CGCCAUGCCAGACCUACAGAUCAGUCGACAGACUGUAUCUAAAUACAUCUCACAAGUAUUCUCAGUAGCCUCGCUUGGUUGUUUUUACGACUGUGAGGUGGAUCUAGUGUUUCUGCUGUACAGUGUAGCUGAUUCAUUGCUGGACGCCAUCCUCAGACCAAAUGUACCCCAGAUGGUUUGUUUUACCAUGUAUCCAGAGCAAACACAACAAUGUCGACAUAUGGAGAUGCAUGCAGCAAUACAAAGUCAUGUUCAAAGAGAAUCCACGACAUACCUCAUCCUACACAAACUUCUGACAAACACGCCAGCAUUGGUGUUAGGAAUGUUUUGUGGCGCCUGGAGUGAUAAAUAUGGUCGAAAACUUCCCAUGGCUUUGCCGUGUUUUGGAACAACCUUUGCUGUGUUAUUUUACAUGGCUGCAAAUAUGGCCUAUAAAGGAGCAACAAAUCUUUUCCUUUGUGGAUCUUUUGUUCACGGCUGUUUUGGUAAGACCGCCAUGAUCAAUAUGGCAGUAAACAGUUAUAUUGUCGAUGUUACAACAGUUGAAAAACGAACUAAAAAGCUGGGAAUCUUGGCAGCUAUGCAGUUCUUAGGGAUGUUUGUUGGGUCUUUGCUAGGAGGGUUGUUGAUCGAUUUGACAUCUGUUCUGACGUCAUAUUGCAUCGUAUCUGCAAUAAGUGCUGUUGUUGUCACCAUGACUUUGCUUUGCCUCCGAGAAACAAUUAAAGCUGAUGACGACGAAAAUUUAUCUCCAUGCAAGUCUUUCUUUCAAGGCAGCAAUGUACAAGAUUCAUUCAAAGUUCUCACAAAGAACAGAAGCAGAAAUAUACGAACUUGUAUAUUUAGUCUUUUUCUCAUCGUUAUACUUCAUCAAACAUGUAGAACAGGCUUAACUGACGUCACUCUGCUUUAUACGGAAAAGUCUCCACUUAGCUGGCCAACCUCGUGGUUCGGUUAUCUUUCAGCAGCUGAAAAUGCUGCAAUGGGCAUAAUUUUGUUGGUACUGCUUCCAGUUUUCUCUAGUGUUGCAAAACUGAACGAUGCAACAAUUAGUAUGAUUGGAUUAUCUUGCGCAUGUGUACGAUUUGUGAUUAUGACUUGGAGCAAAAAGACUUGGAUGGUAUGGUUAUCGAUGGUCAUUGGAAGUAUCGGGGGCGUCAUUAACUCGCCAGUUCGCUCUCUUUUGAGCAAAAUGGUCCACGAAGAUGAGGUUGGGAAAAUGUUUUCCUUACUUGGAAGCGGGGAGACAGUUGCUAAAUUCUGUGCUGUAUUUUUUACUUAUCUAUAUGGUCACAGUCUAGAUAUUUUUCCUGGGUUGCCUUUUAUAUUAGCAGCCGUUUUAUACAUUUUUAUGAUAAUCAUAAUGUUUAUAGUGCAUAUCAAUUCAAGAAAAUCGACUGAUGACACUCCUGAUUUACCCCAGGAACAAUCAAAUUUAGAGUUGAAUCGCAUCAACUAUACGGCGGCUGAGAAUACCCCGUGUAAGAAUCGGGGCUGA